AUGAUCUCGGACUCCUCUCUGGACGCCAACGCGCUGAUUCUUCUCUUCUCUGUGUAUUACUUUGUCGAGCGGCUCCUCCGGCUGGUGGUCCGCGCACGGGAUGGGGAGUUCUACGAGUACCUCCGGGCGUCCAGGAAGGACAUGGUGUUCUUCGGGAUAUUCAUGGGCUUCCUCAUCAGCGUGAUUUCCACCCCGUCCUGCAUCCGCGGUGCCUGGAGCGCUUGGAGCGCGAUCGAACCCGGUAUGCACGAGCCUGUGUGGGUGCUGGACGACGAUGCCAAGUUCUGCAUCACCGCGCGCGCUAUUCUGUGGGUCUCCGAGCUGAAUCGGCUUGAUCUGUACCCAUUGUAUAUCAUCCAUCACACCGGUUCUCUUAUCUCGCUUCUCUCGUUCCUCUAUUUCCGCUGGCCCAUCGUCCUGUUUCUCUCGCUGUUUGCCACGCUCGUGUCGGAAGUGCCCGGCGAUCUGCUGUGGAUGCUGGCGUCAUACAUCGACAGCGUAAAAACGCCGUCGCCCAAGCUGCGUGCGCUGAAACAGCGGCUGAACAUCUUCAAUGUUGCUCAAUAUGCACUGAUUCGCGGGAGCGGUAUCGUGUUUGUGGCCUGGAUCCUCGUGUACAGCGCGGGUGGCCUGCGCACCCGGCCCAUUCCCAUGCAGCUUCACGCGUACACUCUCCUCUUUCUCUACAGUGCCUUCUGUGCGCUCUACGUUUACCGCCAGUCGUGCAGCAUCUUUCGGAUCCGGUCCGGCCCACCGCCGUCGCCCGUCCGCGCCGCCGUCGAGCUCGGCCACGAGCCCGCCACCAUCCGGCCUGCGCUCCAGCUGCGACUGCCCACCACGCCCCGGCUCAUCGUCGUCCCGUAUGGCCCGCUGAUGGGGCUCGGUUUCGCCGCGUUGGUGCUCGUCACUCUCACGAUUGCCCCCGCCACGCCACGCGACUCGGCCCUGCUCUCACGCGCGCUCGGCAUCACGCUCCUCAGCGCGGUGUUCUUCGCCCGCGUGUUCUCGCUCGUCCUCGAGGAUGGAUGGAAGAAGCUCCUGGCGCGUCCGAUCAGAACCCUCCUCCGGCCCGGGUUCUGGCUCCAUGGGGGUAUGUUCGGCGCGGCGAUCGGCGCAGCCGCCGCGGAUGCUUCCGGCCUCGUGCCCGACUUCGCGCGUUUCGGGGCCAGUCUCGCUGUGGGGCUGCCGCUGUACGAGGUCUUCUCGCGCAUUGGCUGCCACACGUAUGGGUGUUGCUAUGGCUGCCGCGCGGUGGAGGAAGGGUCGCGCAGCUGGCUCUGGUGUCUGCUGCCCUUCCCGGCCGUCCGGUACAGCCACCCGACCGACUACGCCGCCACGCGCCUGGACCCGCGCCUGCUGCACGUGCCGCUGCUGCCCAUCCAGCUCAUCUCCGCCGCGCUCUUCCUGAUGCUCUUCGCCGGCGUCUCCGUCCCGCUCGCCCUGCACGCCUCUCCCGAGCUCGCCGGCGCCGCGACCGUCGCCCUGCACGCGGCCGUGCGGCUGGUCACCGAGACGUGCCGCGCGGACGACCGGGGCGGCAACGGCCGGGUAUCGACGACGGGCAAGCUGGCGUUGGCUCAAGGUUCGAUCGGCCUCUCCGCGGCGUCAUACAUCCUAUUCUUCCGCGAACAUGGGCCGGAGCUCCUUCCCGCCGCCUUCGUCCCGUGGACAGCGGGCACCAGCGACUGUCGAAUAUACGCAUCCCUCGGCGCGCUUCUGCUCGGGACGUUGGUGUACGGUGUCCAUGUCGACCAGAUCGGGAACUGGGUCCCGGACGCGGACUCGAAGGCGGUACUGCGCUGUGCGGGGGUCUCCGUUCGUUGUGCGGAACAAAAGCGGUGA